UCGGGCGCUGAAGCCCCGAUAUUCUGAUAGCCAGAGACUCGGUUUCCCAGGAACCCAAGCGAGCUUGAACAGGCCGGAAUCCCGGGAAACUGGCGGGACGCCGCGGCAAAGGCGGCAGGGUUUUGGAGCGUGUACGGACGCUGGAACGGUGAGCACUGGCCUCCCUAGGGCCGCGACCAGGCCAGUCCCUUGCCUGUUUCUGCCAGCCCUUCUUCCGGACCUGGGUGGUGCCCUGCAGUGUGUACCCAGAGAGGCUGCGCUUUGCUGAGAGUCCGUGAUGGGACGAGCAGCUAAUGGAGAUCCCCUGUCACCAGCAUCUCCCAGCGCUCAUCUAUUGUAUGUCCACACUGUUAUGACCUCAUGGUUCACUCUUUCCUUAACCCCACCUAACCUACAGCUCCACAUCUGUGCGUGCUAGGAUACCCUUUAGCCACCCAGCUUCGCGAGGCAUCACGUCUGGCUGAGUAGAGGCGCCUGGCUCACAGUGGAGGUGGGGCGGGUGUCAGGUCGUAUGGCGGAGACAGAGGCUGGCUUGGAGGCUGAGGAACCCACGGAGGAUGACACCCUGCCUUCUGACACCGUCUCCCUCAGCGACUCGGACUCGGACCUCAGCUUACCUAGUGGUGCAGAGGUCCAAGUGUUGUCCCCAGAGAGGCUUUCCGGGGAGGGCCAGGAGGACUCCGGCCCUGAUGACCCUCCCUCGCCCCCCACGGGCAUCCCCACCACUGCAGUGCAGCCGUUCCACCUCCGAGGCAUGAGCUCUACCUUCUCCCAGCGCAGCCACAGUAUCUUUGAUUGUCUGGAGAGUGCAGCCCGGCAGGCACCAUGCUCUGCUCCCCAAACCAGUGUGAGUGACAAUGGCAGCUUCAAGCGACCUGUGGCUCCCCCAAGUCAGACUCCAGCAAGGAGCCUGAGCAGAGUGCAUGGGAGCACUGGCCCGACCAGAGUACUCCCUGUCCCUGAUUAUGUUUCACACCCUGAGCGAUGGACCAAAUACAGUCUGGAAGAUGUGUCUGAAGCCAGUGAGCAGAGCAAUCGUGAUGCUGCCCUGGCCUUCCUGAGCUCCCGAAACCAGGCGUCCCCCACAGACUAUGUGCCCUCUUUCAACCAGGACCCCUCUAGCUGUGGGGAGGGAAGAGUGGUCUUCACCAAACCAGUGCGGGGCAGUGAGGCUAGGACUGAGAGGAAGAGAGUCCUAAAGAAGGGGGUUGUGUCAGGUGCUGGGAGUGAGGCCUCUGUGGAGCUAGCCCAUCUCGCUGGGCCUGAGGCUGAGGAAUGGAGUGGCCACCAGGUACAGCCAGAGGUGGUGGUACCUUCAGAAGCUGCCCAUCCUGAGUCCCCAUCAGGCCCCAUAGGUAUGAAGGCUGUUGGUUUCCAUGGCAGCAAAAAGAGAAGCAGAGACCACUUUCGGAACAGAGACAGUAACCCAGAGGGUACAGGGUCUGAGAGAGGACCCUCAGUUUGACUGCAGUGCCAUCACUCCACCCCCUCACCUGGCCAGUCCAGGUGGGAAGGUGUGGACUAUUUGUAGUAGGGGUAUGUGUGCAGCAGCUCUGGCAGAGACUGGGAAUUGUGGGUCAGGGGACCUUGAAGACCUUUGUGCCCCAGUGUUUUGGGGUGAAUAAUAAAGGUUUCAAAUAUCUUGAA